AUGGUGUGCCCCGGCAAUGUCAGUGGCACAUGCCUGGAUUCUGGGUCGGAUUGUGUAGCCUACGGGCCUCCCUUGGAGGCCUGUGCUUGCCAGAAAGGAUUUGCGGCCGAAACUGUCGCCUACUACGACCUCGACAUCUUUGGCGUGUUUCAUUUUCAAUGCUGUCCUGGUGCUGCCGCGGCUGGUUGUGAUCCGCCAGCACGCCAUCAACAGCAAGUACAAGUCAUGCUGACUGUAGGUGUUGUUUUCGUUUGUGUAGGUGUGAUUGGAGCGCUGCUGUGCAGCUUGGCCCUUCGCAUUCAGAGGAGGCCUCUUUCAAUGAAACCGGAAGAUGAACAACUUCUUGCGCCGAGGCCGCAGGGAGACGGAUCUGCAAUGCAUCAGGAAGUGCCAAUGCAUAAAUGGUGUGUGUGUUUGGAAGAUCUUCGCCAGUUCCGCCGACUCAUCAUGCAUGGAGUUGCUCGCGGAAUAAUCCGACCAACCUUGCGAGACCAGUUCGACAUCUCCGACUUGGUUAUUGGGCCAUCAGUCUACACCGUCAAUGACCAGUUCAUAAGGCCUAUGACUGAUCUAGCUGGAAAGAUGCUUACUCAGCCAAUAGAAGAACUGUAA